AAGCUGUCCGCAAACAAGAACACAAGCUUUCCCAUCAUUUAGAGCAUCUCCAAUGCUUCCACUAGAGAGAGAGAGAGAGAGACCAUGGAGUUGACUUGAAAGACUCAGAAUUUGCAGAGUGAAGAGCGCCCUCUGUCUAGACUGAUAACAAUCUUCUGAAUUUCGGUAGGCGUAGUGUUGAUUUCAGUUUCAAUUUUGAAUAUUGAAUAUUGAAUUUUGAAUGAGAAAUAGGUGAGGGGGAAAAAUGACUAUGGAGAGAAUGAACUCAACGGGAGGAGGAAGUAGUACAGUAUUGUCGAUAGAGUGUCUGAGAGGGAGCUCGAUGGCGGACGAGUGGACCGGAGACAUGUUGCAGACGGGGGACAUCGUUGAAGAGCUGAGGAUCGGCGGCAGCAGCAGCAGCGGCGGCAGCAGCUACGGUGGUUUCGUCAGAUCUCCCUUCAAGAAUGGCAAGGCUGGUGUCCAGAAGAUUCUACACAAUUUCUUCAAGUCCAACCAGACCUCCAUCCAGGUCUUAGUCCGACGGAAAGGAGACCAGUUUGCCGAGUUACAGGCUUGUAUUGUCCCCAACGACUCUGCUGGGAGGAAGCAGUAUAUGCUCAGGUCUAUCGCUGAUCCUAACUACGCCGUUGGAUUCUCCGAUCGGACGGAGGCCGAAUGCUUCGCUUUACAAGAUUCAAGGAUGUCCAGGAUGGUGGAUGAAUUAGCCAGGGCUCAAAUUCAAGAUGGUUAUGUCUCAUAUCCAUGGGAGAGGAGAAUGCAAGAGUCGCUACCAGUUCCCAAUUCAAGCUGUUUUCUUUCUAUGCUCCUCCUUCCGAAAGCCUCAGAUAGAGUUGUUUCUCGCUACAAUGAUUUGGAGGACACACUUGCUAGAGCAAAUGCAUGGCUUAAUGCCUCUCAGGCAUCAGGGGUGCCUAUAGUUUUCAUGAACAUCCAGACUGAAUCUCUGCUUACCAAGAUAUCCGGAGAGACGGCUUCUUCUACUGUGAAUGCUGGGUCAUUGUCCGAUUUAUCAAACCUUGCAAAUGCAAGCCUGUAUGGCUUUGAGGACUACCAUGGGGUGGACAUUGGUGUAGUCAGAGCAGUUCGUCUCUGGUAUUCUCCUCUUGGAGGAGAGGUUUCUUUUGAGAUUAAGCUAAAAGAAAGUGACACAAAGCUUGGUUUUGCCAUUAGUCGCACAGAAGAGGGAUUUAUUUACAUUUCUUCGGUUAUCGAUUCGGAUGACAAUGCACCUUCAACACGAUCAGGACUCAGCAACCUGUAUAACGAGGCAACAAGAGCAUCUAAGCUACUAGUGGUUUCAAGAGUGUCUAACCAAAAAGUCCUUCCUUGGAUAGUUUCUCCAACAGGGGCUGUCCGAUGCUUUGACACUGUUUCGCUCAGCCAAAAGCUCUCAUUGCACCGACAUGCCAGGGUGCCUAUUCUCCUUCAUGUGUUCUUGUGGGACCGAGACUUGGCUUCUACAACUGGGUCCAACACGAGGUUCAGGGCUACUUCCCCAUCAGUGUUGCCAUUACCACCUGAAAUUCAAUUGGUACACCUUCCAAAUGAGAAUCAGUUUGUACCAUUGCCUUCUGAAGUCCCAAGUGGGAGUGAAGUCCUCGAUGAUAGGACAGAAAACAGGCUUGAUAGAGAUACUGCGGGAGAAUUCUCCUUUCGGUUACAUGAUUUUUCACUACCGAACAAUUGGGUAUGAUUUUUUUUUUUCUUCCUCUCUUCUUGUUUAUCUUUGUUGAUGUAUGUAAGAGGGGCAUACCGUUCUUUACAGUUGGAGCCAGUUACUCAUCAUUUGCGUGAUUUAGAAAGCUAUAGUUCAAUUCUCUCUUUUAGGAAUACAUAAUCAGCGUAUAGAUAAGUUUGUGCCUUGUCAUGUGGAUGUUUCAAUGUAAAGAAUGUUUUUGUGAUUGCUAGUCAAAAACAAUCUUUGUGUAACUUGAAUAAGGUACUUGAGAUUUUUCAAUGGCUUCUCUAACAUGAAUAUAUUAUAUAUGAUCACAAA